AUGCCUUCCCGAGCAGACAUCACCUACUUCGGCGCCGGCCCGGCCUUGCUGCCCAGCGACGUCCUCGAGACGGCCGCGCAGGCGCUGCUCAACUUCCAGGACACCGGCCUGGGCAUCGCCGAGCACUCGCACCGCUCCGAGCUGGCCACCAAGAUCAUCAACGAGGCCAAGGCCGACCUGGCCACCUACCUCGACAUCCCCGACGACUACGAGGUCCUCUUCAUGCAGGGCGGCGGCUCCGGCGAGUUCUCCGCCGUCGUCUACAACCUCGUCGGCGCCUGGGUCGCCCGCAAGCGCCGCGAGCUCUUCGCCGCCCUGAAGAAGUCGGAGACGGACGAGGCCAACGACCCGGCCCUGGCGCAGGAGCUGCGCUCCGCCGUUGACCGCGACCUGAAGCUCGACUACGUCGUCACCGGCGGCUGGUCGCAAAAGGCGGCCGCCGAGGCCGCCCGUCUCCUCGGAUCGGAGCACGUCAACGUCGUCGCGGACGGUCGCGGCGCGGACGGCAAGUUCGGCGCCAUCCCGGACGAGGCCACCUGGAAGCUCUCCAAGGACGCGGCGGCGGUCUACUACUGCGACAACGAGACGGUCGACGGCGUCGAGUUCCAGGGCUUCCCCAAGGUGCUGGCGCCCGGCCCGGACGGCGAGGGCCCGAUCGUCGUCGCCGACAUGUCGUCCAACAUCCUCUCGCGCAAGAUCCCCGUGCGCAACUUUUCGCUCAUCUUCUUUGGCGCGCAAAAGAACCUCGGGUCCACGGGCAUCACCGUCGUCAUCAUCAAGAAGAACUUGCUCCCGCCCAGCCUGUCCCAGCCGUCGGCGACGCUGAUGCGCAGCCUGGGCCUCCCCAUCCCCCCCAUCAUCUUCUCCUACGAGACCAUCGCCAAGAACAACAGCCUCUACAACACGCUGAGCAUUUUCGACGUGUACAUUGCCGGCCAGGUCCUGAAGAAGCUUCUCAACACCUACCCCAACCUCGUGGAGGGCCAGGAGCAGGUCUCCGCCAAAAAGGCCGAGCUCGUCUACGGCGCCCUCGACGCGCACCCCGAUGUCUACAAGGUCGUCCCGCAAAAGAGCGUGCGCUCGCGCAUGAACGUCUGCUUCCGCGUCACCAAGGGCGGCGACGUCGACGAGACGGAGAAGAAGUUCCUCAAAGAGGCGACGGCGCUUGGUCUAACCGGCCUCAAGGGUCACCGUUCCGUCGGCGGCGUGCGUGCUUCUCUGUACAACUCUAUUCCUCUGGAGGGCGCCGAAAAGCUUGCCAAGUUCAUUAACGACUUUGCCAAGGCAUGA